AUGACAGCUAAUCCUGAUUCAAGACCAUUACCAGACGGAUGGAUAACUCAGUUCAACGAGGAAUACAAAACUUGGUUCUACGUUAAUAAGAAUGCAUCUGGCGGGGCAGCUUCACAAUGGACUCAUCCAGCAGAUGAUAAACCCCAAAAUCAAUCUUACGCUCCACCAUCCGGUGCUCCCCCCUCGCAAAAUACCAACACUUAUGAGGAAAAACGAGAUAUCUCUUCACCUUACGGCGGACAGCAGUCAUCCACACCUCAACCGUAUCAUCAGCAACAAUCGUAUGCUCAAUCACCUGCGCAAGGUUAUACUUCCCCACCACCCCAAGAGAAGAAAAAGGGUCUAGGAGGAUUCCUAUCUAAAUUUGGAGGAGGUAAUAACCGACCACAACAACAGCAAUACGGUGGAUAUCCACAACAACAACAAUAUGGUGGAUAUCCACAACAAGGUUAUGGAGGGUAUCCUCAACAAGGAGGGUACGGGGGAUACCCACAACAAGGUGGAUAUAUGCAACAGCAGCCCAUGUAUCAGGGUAGACCCCAGAGGCAAGGUAUGGGUGCGGGAGGUGCCGCCGCACUUGGUUUAGGUGGUGGUUUGUUAGGUGGUAUGAUGAUCGGUAAUAUGAUCUCUGAUUCCCAAAACGACGCCUACAUGGAUGGAUACGAGGAUGGUGGUGGUGGUGAUAUGGGUGGAGAUAUGGGAGGUGAUUUCUAG